UUGAAGGUGGCCUGGGGCAGUGAACUCAGCAGGAACUCUCCUGUCCACGCCUACACGUCAGCAGGUGUCUGCGCAUCGGCUGACGUGGGAGCGUAGAAGAAGAAAAAGGAGGAGAAGAAGAAGAAGAAGAAGAAGAAGAGGCGGGCGAUUUUCCGUGGCAGCAACAUCUGUGGCGAUACAAAUAUCUCUGCUUUAUUUGUGUACCGAGUAAACCCGACCACGUGAGCUUUCACAGCCGAACAGUCAUGUCAUCAUUCACCUAUUUACCYGCUUAACUCCGACCUGAUAUUGGAUAUUACACCAGAUGGAUUGGGAUUCUUCAGGCGACGAUGGCAAUGAUCCGRUAGCAUUAAUGGAUGACUCCUCUCCCAUGUUUGAGUCUCGUCAAUUAAAACCAAGAACGAGCGCCAUCUCGGAGCGUGAGUUCUCCUGCCACUGUUGUUACGAAAUCUUGGUCAACCCCACCACUCUGACCUGUGGCCAUAACUUCUGCCGCCACUGUUUGGCUCUGUGGUGGGAGUCCUCGCGCAAGAAUGAAUGCCCAGAGUGCCGGCAGAAGUGGGAAGGCUUCCCUAAAAUCAACAUAUUGAUGAGAGAUGCCAUCGAAAAGCUUUUCCAUGAAGUUGUUCAGCAGAGGAAAGCAGAAAUCCAGGCAAACGCCAAGAUUGAUCGGAGCCUGCAGGCAUUUCAGAGGUGGUGGUGCUGGUGUUUCAUUGGGGCAGUGGAGUCCUGGAUCAACAUGACCUGCUCAUCAGUAAACCAGUGUCUCACUGGACUCCAGAAGAGGUCGUGUCGUGGCUGGAGGACCUGGGUCCAUGGACCGARCUCUACAGGAAACCUUUCCAGCAGGAGAAUGUUAAUGGAAGGCUGCUGUUGAUGCUGGGGGAUGAAGAGCUUUUCAAACCUCCUUUUAACAUUGAGAAUCAGGCUCACAGACGAGCUGUUGUGGCUGAACUGGAGCGAGUUAAAGUCCUGGGAGUUAAACCUGCACAGAACCUCUGGGAGUACAAAGCAGCUAAUGCAGGGAAGUCUCUGUUCCUGCUGUACGGACUGAAACGCUCCCCUCGUCUCACAAUGUUUUAUUUGUAUUUAUUUGAUUACUCUGAGACUUUUCUUCCUUUCCUGCACACCUGCUGUCCAGCCAGCACACACCUGGACAAGUCUGUGGAGAGCAGAUAUCUCUAUGCACAGUUGGAACCCAGCUGGCAACAGUGGGCUGAGUUUCUGGUGAAAUACUGUUUGCUUCCGUACCAGCUGAUAGCAGAAUUUGCCUGGGACUGGUUGGCUGUCCACUACUGGACGUCCCGCUUCAUCAUUGUGAACACCAUGCUGCUGUCUGUGCUGGAGGGCUGCUCUCUGUGGUGGCUCUGGACAACCGGCAGUAUUUGGACAAUGCCCCACCAGAUGUGGAACCACUUGUGGAAGAUGGUCUCUCAGGGAUUUGCCUUUGCCCUCCUGUGGCCUUUUGUCCCACAGUUUGUGUGCAACUGCCUCUUCUACUGGGCUCUCUACUUCAGCCCCAUUAUUAACAUUGACCUGGUGGUGCAGCAGUUAUUGCAUCCCGAAACAAGGGCGCCGUAACAAAGUGUUGGACAAAAAGUUUUCCUCUCCUCUGGCCUCGUCUCUUCUGCUCGGUUGGUUGUGAUGUGAAAUGAGAGGCACCGAGCCGUUAAAGGAGAAAUAAUACAAAGAUGGUGAGACGGACUGGGAUUGGUUACUACUGUGAUCUCCUUCUCCACAGUUUAUUCAUGAACCACAGUGAUGCAGUUCUGCAAAGGAAAAGAAUGACAAAACCUUAAUGGUUUUCUUCUUAAAGGGAUCCAUGAUAAGUUGUAACAUUAGACUUUA